CUCAAAUCUUCCUUCUUUACAAUACCCCUAAUAUUAUAACCCAAGUAACCUAGACUGUUGCUUGUCUUGAGAAAUACCUGUACUUUCAGAAACCGCGGAAAACCUUCCAAAACCCCAAUCUAUGUGGUUUUCCAUAGAGCAUGACGGCUCCUUGUACAUAUAUUAAAAACUUUUCACCAAUUGAAAUCCGUCCUUUACCGCAUUUGGAUUUUCAAGCUGGCUACAAUGGAAUCCCUGCCUCAGCUCCUAGAAUCGUAGGCCUCGUGCAAGUGCGAAGCAAAGAAAUAAAUCGUCCAUUGUCUAUCCUACGAGUUACUUUAGAGCUUUGGAGAAUUGAAUCUGUUGAUGUUCCUUCUUUAGGUGUAAGCAAUCAUAUAUCUGAACCAAAGCGGUUAGUGCAGCAAGUCCUAUUUCCACCAUCUUCUUCUUCUUCCUCUUCUAAAAACGAUCAGAAAAGCAUACUUUACUUCUCCGAAAAUGCACAGGCAAGUGACGAUGUUUUGUCUCCUUCAUCUAGCACUUCCGGCAUUAAUAAUGUUUACGAUUUCUACCUACACGAUCAACCUUCCCGACAUCGUUUUUCAAAUCAACCGCCUAUACCACCUCCACAUGUUCAAAAUGUUUCUCAAAGUCCUUCAAUGCCUUCUCACGCUUAUAGUCAAACUUCAGACACUUCUUCUAUGCAAGCCUCAUCGGUAACUAGCGAUUUACAAAAGUCAACAGAAAAAUCCUCUUCUUCAUCAUCUUAUAACAUAUGGUCUAUGGAUUUGCCAUUCGAAAUGAAGUAUUCUGAGGGAGAAGUGCUUACCCCAACAUUUGACCUUUUUCGCUCGGGUUUUUCAUGUUCCACGAAAUAUCAGUUGCGGGCUGUUCUUAGUCUAGCUGACUCAGAAGAUAUCUUUGAAUGUGUCCCCAUUGUAAUUCACCGUUACGAUACGCUUUCCUCUUGGGGUAUGUAUAAUUCUCCGAUUUAUUUAAAAGAAGCAAGUAUAGACGGUAGAGUUGUUGUGGAAGCUUCCAUCCCUAAACAGUGUAUUGGCCCUAUGGAUUUACUUACAGUUUUCAUAUCUAUAAGGGCUUCGAAUGGCUCUAAAAUUCGGGUACAGCAAUUGUCAUUGUCUUUGGUAGAAUGUGUAAGUUUUCGACAUCCGUCUUCUAGUCAUUCUCCUAUUGUUCGUUCAAAAAAGAUUUUAAAAGUUGAACAAGAUCUCGACGACGUGAGGUUAGGAAAAGAUGGCCUUUCACAAACACUUUCAAAAGUGUUUCCAGAUCCUGACUUGGAUGAUUCUAGCAUACAAGGAUUCACCACAUCUUCUGAUUUGUACAAAGUUACUUAUAUGGUUUUAAUAAAAGUGAGACUUUAUCGUGCAAGAAAUGUUGAAAUUUCUUAUCCGAUUACUGUUUCUCCUGUUCCUCGUUCCGCCAGCUCUUCGAUCCUAGGUGAUAUUCAAACCAGAGUUUUAGAUUCCCGGCAAUCCCUCAAUGGCUCUGUACUUGAUACCACUUGUGAUAUUAUCCAUGCGAAUGAUUCCACAAAAAAUAACAUGUAUAGUUAUUCAGAAGGCGGUUUGGUGCUUUUGAAUUGAAAAGUAUUCUGUUUUCUAUCUCAUAUUUAUUUAUAUCUCUGGGUCAUUAAUGGUUUGAUUCUUCCCUAGUCAUCAAUACCGACACUUCCUUGUCCCAACUAGUCCUUUUUUAUGUUAUCCCGCGCAUUCCGCAAUAACCUUUUUUUGUUUAUGAAUGUUCAUGAAUAUUGUCAGUUUAUGGUGCAUCUUAUACUUGGAGAUAAAAAUUGGCAACAUCAAAAAAACGAAAGUUUCUCCAAAAUAUCUAAGUAUACAAUUUAUAAUUUUUCAAAUACUUUAGUGCAGCAGAAUUUUAUAACCCUAAUGAAAGAGCUACUCACCUAUAAAAGCGA